AGAAACUCUGGUGAAAUCCCUCCAAAACAUAUUUCUUAGGCAUGGAAAAAGCCUUACAAGACAGGUGGCAUAGGCUUCUUCUGAAAUCAUUGCAGGAUGGGAAGCUAUUUAGGGCUUUGUAAUUGUGAAAGAUUGUAUUGAAACCGAGGCACUUAAAUAGCAGUGAGCAUGAGAAAAUGUAGUGGAUAACGGUGGUGAUUCUAUUUCUUGUGAAAGUCUACUUACUCUGUUCUUCUACAGUUGUGGGCUUUCCGAUUUCACAUACCCCAGUCUCUCUAUUUUGUCUCAAUCCACAGCCUAUCUCAACUAAGUCUGUCCUAGGCACCUCUUACUGCAGGUGAUAAUUCAUUUGUUAAUCAUGUUUUCCUCUUAUGUCUACUUUCUGUCAGAGAAUUGUGAGUGCAAACUGGGAAGGGAAGGAAAUUAUGAGAAUAUGUAUAAAUGCAAAUGGAAUAUGUUGGAAAUGAGGAAUAGUCAAUAUCACAGGUGAUUUAAACACCUGAUGAAUUUCAUGGAUAGUCAGGAAUCUUUUGUUUUUACCUAACCUGUUAAUUUGAGAGCAGACAUUACACUGAAAGUAUUGAUGAAGGGUUUAAAUCAGGUUGCAGCUCACAUGUUGUUAUAAUAUGUUGAUUUUUUGUUAUUUUUUAUAUGUGAGGAACUGAAUAACUAUACUAUUUAUUCAUAGUGAGAACGUUGCAAUAUUAAUGAUUUUAGUACAUAUUAUUAUCUUCAUAAUCACAAUUUCCUCCCCAUUUUCUUAGUUCUCAUAAUUUUAGCCACAGCCCAGUUUGCUGGACCAAUGGAUGGUAAGAAUCACUCAGUGGUAUCUGAGUUUGUGUUUCUGGGACUCACUCAUUCAUGGGAGAUCCAGCUCCUCCUCCUAGUGUUUUCCUCUGUGCUCUACAUGGCAAGCAUUACUGGAAACAUCCUCAUUGUGUUUUCUGUGACCACUGACCCUCACUUACACUCCCCCAUGUACUUUCUACUGGCCAGUCUCUCCUUCAUUGACUUAGGAGCCUGCUCUGUUACUUCUCCCAAGAUGAUUCAUGAUCUGUUCAGAGAGUGCAAAGUCAUCUCCUUUUCAGGCUGCAUUGCUCAAAUCUUCAUCCACAUCAUUGGUGGUGUGGAGAUGGUGCUGCUCAUAGCCAUGGCCUUUGACAGAUAUGUGGCCAUAUGUAAGCCCCUCCACUAUCUGACCGUUAUGAGCCCAAGAAUGUGCAUUUUAUUUCUGGCUGUUGCCUGGACCCUUGGUGUCAGUCACUCCCUGUUCCAACUGGCAUUUCUUGUUAAUUUACCCUUCUGUGGCCCUAAUGUAUUGGACAGCUUCUACUGUGAUCUUCCUCGACUUCUCAGACUAGCCUGCACUGACACCUACAGAUUGCUGUUCAUGGUCACUGUCAACAGUGGGUUUAUCUGUGUGGGUACUUUCUUCGUACUUCUAAUCUCCUAUAUCUUCAUCCUGUUUACUGUUAGGAAACAUUCCUCAGGUGGUUCAUCCAAGGCCCUUUCCACUCUUUCAGCUCACAUCACAGUGGUCCUUUUGUUCUUUGGCCCACCCAUGUUUGUGUAUACAUGGCCACACCUUAAUUCACAGAUGGACAAGUUUCUGGCUAUUUUUGAUGCAGUUCUCACUCCUUUUCUGAAUCCAGUCGUCUCUACAUUCAGGAAUAAGGAGAUGAAGGCAGCAAUAAAGAGAGUAUGCAAACAGCUGGUGAUUUACAAGAAGAUCUCAUAAAUGAUACAAUAAGCCCUUCUCAUUAAACAU